CGUAGUCUAUGAUUAAAUCGCAACAAGGCUACCUGCUAGAGAAUUCGAUAAAAGUUUCUAACAGAAAUACUGUAACACAUUUUUGUGUUUUAUUGAAAACUGUGUUGAGGACAUUUGAAUUUCCUCGCAUUUGCGGUCCUGUUUAAUUUUGACUUGAAUAUCGCUUUAAAAUGUCUCUUUUUGGAUCUUUAAUGGGCGACGUGGAAGACGAUCCAUUUUUCGGGUCGCACAUGAGACACAUGCGUCAGAUGAACAACAUGAUGAAUUCCCUUUUCUCGGACCCUUUUGGAAUGCUUGGGGGUGGAGGCCCGCUCGCUAUUGCAGGCCCUCGGCAUGGAAGUUCGCUCAUGCCUUUUAUGCCCCAGAUGCCUUCACUGAACAGACUUUUCUCAGGAAUCUCAGAUAUUGACGGGCACAUGAGCGCUGGAAGCUCCUUCUCCAGCAGCACUGUUGUGAUGUCAAGUGGACCCAACGGCAAACCACAAGUAUUCUCCUCAUCAAGCAGCACUAAAAUUGGUCCAAAUGGUGUCAAGGAGACUCGCAAAACGUUGCAAGACUCACGUACUGGCACUAAGAAAAUGUCAAUCGGUCACCAUAUAGGCGAACGCGCUCACGUCAUUGAGCGCGAGCAGAACGUAUACUCCGGAGACGCAGAGGAGGUCCAGGAGUUCAUUAACAUAGAGGAGGAUGAAGCUGAAGAGUUUGACCGAGAGUUUCAAAUGAAGGCAGGCUCGGGGGCCAGCGCUAGUCGGGCCCGUCUGGCCCUCCCCGCCCCGCCCGCUCCCUCACAACAAAAUACAAGUAGCGACCACCGCCGGGCGUCGAACCUGAGGCCGCCGGGACGACGACCCCUCCGCCCCUCUGCAAGCCCACUGGCCUUGCCCUCCAGUACGCGCGUUCGAGAAUUGUAUAGCAGCGCUCAGCCUUCCCGCCAUCGCCAUCGCCACCACAAGCAUCACUCGUCACCCACCAAUCACUGAACAAGUACUGCACAACCCUUUAAUAUGCCUACUUACGACUAUCUUCACGGUCUGCGUGUUAUUUAUAGUGCGAUUCAAACUUCAUGGCGGUUGUGAAGUUAGCAGCGAGCCCGUCGACUGAGCCGUGACUUGCGCUAACUUCACAACCGUGCCCUUAAGUUUGAAUCGCACUUUACGUGUGUACGUCAAUACCUUAAUUAGCUGCAACGCAGGCAAAUGCCUUGUAAAUUUCAUCCUUAUAAUAUGGACGAUUAUAUAAAAAUAUUGGCUUGUCAAUUGGGAAUUAAAAUUUUGAGAUUUUUUCCUGUGCGAUUCCGUAUCCAGUGCUUAAAUAAAAUUUGUAGUACAGAACAGCAAAUAAAGUGGUAAUCAUUUGUUCAAGAAUAAAGCUCUCUGUUAUUUCAGCAACAUAGAACAAAGAUGGAAGAUAUUGAAAAUGUAUUUUGCGAUGAAAUUUUAAAUAUCUUUGUUACUUUUUCAACAAUGUUUUUUUGGAAAAAUCACUUUAUUUAUGCUAUUGGAUUUCUCACAGUAAUUUUGUUUAAAAUCCCUAAGAAAAAUUAAGUUAUUAAGGUUAAGCUUCUUUAGAUUUAUGAGGGCAAAGCUAUUUUUUCAUUUAUAAUAUACAUACAUAUAUAUUACUUACAUAAUUAUGUAUAGUAACUUAACUUCUCCAGGCUAAGAAAAGGGAAAGGGAACAUUUUAUUAGAACGUGUUUGGGUCAUUAAUAUUUUAACUUUAAUAUUUUCAGUAGUAAGAAACUAGCAAAUAGAUUAGAAAUUAUAUAUCUAAGUAAUAAAGAUGCUUUUUUCGUAAAUGCCAACUUAAUAAUCUUUAUUUUCUUAUAAACAUAAAGAUGCCAUAUUAAAUAAAUUGAUGAACAUACAUGAUAUGUAGAAAAUUUUGACAUUUGAUUCGACAUACACGUGAAGGUUUUGAGUAGGUUUAUGGAAGAAUGAAUGAGGCAAAGGAAUGACGUUAUAACAAUAAAAUGAACCAAGAUGAUUGACUAAAAAAAAACCUACGCUUUGACUUUGAAUAUUUCCAUUGCAUACAUAUCUUCACGCCUUGUCCCGGGAUAUGUAUGUAUGGAUUUCUAUUAUGUAUUAGCUUCUAAAUCUCCUGUUUUAUAAGAACACAAAUUAUUGAACAGUAAUUGCUCACUUAUGCCUUGCCACACAGGCAACCGAAAGCGUGGCGAAGCAGAGCGUCAGCGAGAAUAUUGUCAGUACUAGUAUGAACGAUGAUUUACAAAAUGUAUAGGUAUAAAUGGAAUAAUUAAUCUCAAUAGUAAGUUUAAAAUACUCAUUUUUUUAUUAAACAGAAAUAUAAUGAUAAAAAUAGAAUCGUGGGAAGUCAUGGUUAGUAAAGGUUAAAAAAAAAACAAAUACCUUUGCUUUCUCCACUUGUUCGAUCCUAUUGUGAUGCCGGCAUUCCACAUGGCUAUUCGUAUUUGCUAUUUGUAAACUUGACAACAGUCUCUCAUUUAAAGCCUCGAUGAUACGGGGCGAGAUUACAAGCUGCUAGCAAACUCGCUGACUUGUAGCUUGUAAUCUCGCCCCGUGUCAUCGAGGCUUUAACUCCCUAUAGAUUACUAGCUGACCCAGCGAAUUUCGUACCGCCGUAAAAAUAGGGAUUGGUAAUAGAAGGGUAGAAUUUUAGGGUUUUAUCUUUUUUUAUAUCACAUUUAAAAAAAAAUCAAAAUUAAAAUUGCCCAAAAAAUAAAAUGUUAUAGAUAGUAGCCGAUUCUCAGGUCUACUUAAUGUGCAUAUAAAAUUUCAUAAAAAUCGGUCAAGCCUUUUCGAAGGAGUAUGGUAACUAACAUUGUGACAAAAGAAUUUUAUAUAUAAGAUGACAAGAACAACCUGCUGUCAUAAUUACCAAUAGCAAAUACGAAUACGAGCCAUGUGAAGUGCUGGCGUGACGGUUUCGCUUCGGGUAUCCUUCGUUCCCUGCAUGUUUGGCAAAACGCAUAAGUGUCAACAAGAACAUUAUUGUUUUGGCAUUAAACUACAUCGUAGUCUGAUUAGUCGGCUACAGUAAAUAUUAAGAUACUUGUGUAUUGGUUUGUUGUACGACCAACAAAACUUAGAUGACUAUAAGUUUAAGUCGGCUGAAAUAAAACGUAUUUGCGGUAGGUAAAACGAAGGCUGUAAUAAUGAACUCAAAAAGAAAGAAAAUUGUUGGAAAUCUUGACGGUAUCUAAUGCAAGUGUUGUUCUCAGUAACUAUUUAUUUGCCGAAACUGUGAUGAGAUAUGCCUGUCUCACAUAUUUACAGUAUAUAUAUAUUAUAUAUUUAUAAUAUCGGCAGUAAGGACUUCCAGCCCUCUGAACACCUAAUCGUAUGUAUUGAGACUGAACGCUUGAUGUUUUUUUUUGUUAUUUUUAUUUAAUUAAGUUCAUGCUUUUCUGUCAGAGCUGGCCUUUGACAUUGUACGUAUGAUUUUUCAUUAAUACCUCUACAGUGCGACCAAGAUCUUGUGGCGCGUGGCUGAAAUCGGAAUAGCUAAUGUUAUAAGGUAUAACAAAUAAGCCUUUUAUAUUUCAUAUUAUUCUUAUUACAAAUUACAGGCAGUCCUCGUACUUACGGCAUGUUAGGUUCUCGAAAUACGUGACGUAAAUCGAAACGACGUAAGUCGAGACAUAUUUUUAUAUAUGUUUAUAUAUAAAACUCAAGGAUUAGGAUCCACACGGACUCAAAAUGUCUUGUUUAGGUGACAUAGAUAGAUUAAAUUUCACUUAAAUAUGUAUGUAAAAACAAAAACUGUCAAAGAUGCAAAAAUACUAAUGUAUUGAUUGUCCGUUGUCCCUGAACUAACUUAUCAGAACUCGCGACAAGUGGAUUCUCCUAUGCCGGAAAUUAAAUCAAUUGACGUAUAUUUGAGGAAAAGUGUCAAAAUAUUAUUUGACGUAACUUGAAACGACGUAAAUCGAAACAACGUAAGUCGAGGACUGCCUGUAUAACGUUCCCUUUACUAAGAACAUUUUACGUCCUUAGUAAUCCUCAUUUCACCAUUUAUUCCCCAGCAGCGUCCUCGUGUGAAUUUCAUCAAGUGCCACAAGAUGUUGGUCGCACUGUAUUUUGGUGUAUGAAUGGAACGUUAAUUCAUCAACAUUGAGUUUAAAUACAACACUAAAUUAUCGACUGACCAAUCGAAUCGAAUUGAAGUAAUAAAUUAUUUUAUUUAUUGUUGCUGAGAAGAUGUUUUCUACGAUUUGAAGAUGUUUCGUUUAAGUUUCCAACUUUUUUAGACAGUGACGUAAACACUGAGAGCUGUGUAUUGAACGGUUAGUUAGAAUUGUUUGCGAUCUGGGAGGCAUAGUUAGCCAAAUUGAUUGAACAGAAUUUUAAUACGUAAUUAUUACCUUACCUAGACUAUGUUCAUGAUGAAAUGGCAUGCGAGGUGUUGUCGAAUUUUCUUCUUCAAUGACAGGACACUAUCACAAAUCUUGCAAUCAUUUAAUGAUCUUAAAUAAAAUACAUAAAUUAUAAAAUGUAUACCUACAUCACUAUGAUUCUUACGACACCUUUCAAAUCAAUAUUUGUAUGAUGUUUAUUAAAUUUAAACUCAAUUUUUUAAGCAUUUAACUGCUAGAUGUUCAAAUCUAAAGAAAAUAUAACUAGAAAAAAGUAAAUUGAAGAUUCCAGAAAUCCUUAAAAUACCGGUUCAAAGUGAUGUCUUUAUUGAUAGUUAGGAAGCAGGUUCUCAUGAAAGACUUACACGAGAAGUACGACAAAUUAAAUUAUAAUAUUCAGCACAAAAUAUAAUGAAAUUAAUAUUUUUGUGAUUUCAUUAUAGCUUUCUGAACUUACAGCAAAAUGUCUCCCAGAAGCAGGUGUGAUUUAAUUAGUAAUUAGUGUCUAAAGAGUAAAUUAUGUUUAAUUUACUUUCCAGUAGUAAAAAGCUAAAUUAUAUUAUUAAAGUCUUGUAUGUUGUUUGUUGUAUUAGUUGCUUGCCCUUAAAUAAGACAUUUCUGUAUUAAAGAAAGGUAUAUGGAGCCACAUAAUGAUCCAUUGAAUACAUUGAUAAGUUAUCAAAGUUACAAUAUUAUGUAGACGUUGUUUACAAAUAGUUCAUGCUUUUGGAAUUAAUGCAUUGCUUGAUAUCAAAAAAAGUUGAAAACCCAACAUGUAUAUACUAUCGGAUAUAUGUAUCUUAUUUACAUCUUGUAGAAUCUAGGAUAUUUUAGGUAGAAAUUUUAUGUAUUUCGGUGUAUUAGUGUAAGUUUAGAUUAAUCCCAACCAUAGACCUGUUCGUUCCUGUUAAGAAUGUACCAGUAUUUUAUUUUUGUACUUGCAUACUUCUCGUCACCGAAAAUAGCUCAUUUUUUGCGACACAUAAAGGCUUAGUAUACUUUACUUUAAUGUCAUAGGUGUAAAGUUCAAUUUAGGUUAAAGUAAUAUAUAUUUCUCAGUGAUUGUAUUUUAUUUCUUGUUGAGACGAAGUACCUAUUUCUCCCACCAGAUGGCUUUAGUUUGAAUUUAGACCGAGUGCGUGCGUGUGCGCAUUGCGACCGUUUAUAUCUUUUGGCAGUUAUAAUGGCAUGUGAUUGCUUCAAUUACAUCACAUGUCGUAAACAAAUCAUGUUCUCCCAAUAGCAAAAAUUUGAUCGCUGUAUGAUUAUUUUUAUUUUAGAUUUCACUCUCUGUAUUGUAAUCAAGAAUCUAAGGUUAUUGACAGAUUUUAAU